UUAUACUCACUGACGGUGGUAAGUUAAAAUCUGUGUAAUGAAUAUUUAGAUGUCACCUGACAAGGUGACAAUUAGACUACCCAAUAGAUUACAGGUAUAAAUAAACACGAACACGUGUUAUUAGAACCUUUAAUAAAUACAUUACAAGUGGCACGUGUAUUUAAAUCUGUGAUCGUUAACAGAAAAUGUCGGCGUUUUAAAUAUAGUUUGAACUAUUGAAUAUUACGUAAUUCUACUUCCUGGAAUUUCUAGUUUCAUUUCAGAGUAAUGAUACAAGCUGUAUGUUCGUCGUGUUAGAGACCAGAGUUAUGGCAGAAAGGAAUUACAUGCAUUAUGAUUUAAUAUCCAAACGAAAAAGGGCUGAUGCUGAGGAUAUGAGGAUAUGAAGAUGGGAAACACUUUCUCGAGAAAAAAAUGGAACAACACCAAAAUCUACAACAGAGGAAUAUUUAGAGAUUCGUGAUAGUUCAGGGUCAUUCACCGAUAACCUUAACAACAAAGAAAUGGAGGAAUACAACGAAUCAUUACCAGAGGAAUUCCCGGUUUGGUCAUCACCAUUCAGACACCAUAAGUCUGACGACGAUAGGUCUUCUCCAGAAAAUUCCAAAACACAAUCCUCACCAGUUAAGACCCCAGUAAUCCACGCCGAUACAAGAUUACACGUUGAGAACGAUUCUGUAGAAAAUCAUUCUUUUGUCAACCAGAGGAGAGAGGUUGCAUCAAUACUUUAUUCUGGAGAUACCACAGCAUGUUCAAUAGAUAGUGCAUCGAAUGCAAAUAUAUCAAAGACAUCUUUUAUAAAACCUGGAGUAAAUGUUGAACAGCUAGUAAAGGCAACGCAUAGCAACGGUAACAAGAAUGUGAAACUUUCUGGUACGUCGACACAGCUUUGCAAUGAUCAAACAGAGUACGAACAAGAUGAAUAUGAUUAUGUAAUAGAGUGUGAACAAGAUGAAUAUGAUUACAGAAGAGAGUGUGAACAAGAUGAAUAUGAUUAUGGAAGAGAGUGUGAACAAGAUGAAUAUGAUUAUGGAAGAGAGUGUGAACAAGAUGAAUAUGAUUAUGGAAGAGAGUAUGAACAAGAUGAAUAUGAUUAUGGAAGAGAGUGCGAACAAGAUGAAUAUGAUUAUGGAAGAGAGUGCGAACAAGAAGAAUAUUUUCAUGGAACAGAGUAUGAACAAGAUGAAUAUGAUUAUGGAACAGAGAUUGAACAAGAACAAUAUCUUCAUGAAACAGAGUAUGAACAAGAUGAAUAUGAUUAUGGAACAGAAAUUGAACAAGAACAAUAUCUUCAUGAAACAGAGUAUGAACAAGAUGAAUAUGAUUAUGGAACAGCGAUUGAACGAGAUGAAUUUCUUUAUGGAAUAGAGUAUGAACAAGAUGAAUAUGAUUAUGGAACAGAGAUUGAACAAGAACAAUAUCUUCAUGAAACAGAGUAUGAACAAGAUGAAUAUGAUUAUGGAACAGAGAUUGAACAAGAACAAUAUCUUCAUGAAACAGAGUAUGAACAAGAUGAAUAUGAUUAUGGAACAGAGAUUGAACAAGAACAAUAUUUUCACGAAACAGAGUAUGAACAAGAUGAAUAUGAUUAUGGAACAGAGAUUGAACGAGAUGAAUUUCUUUAUGGAACAGAGUAUGAACAAGAUGAAUAUGAUUAUGGAAUACAGUAUGAACAAGAUGAAUAUGAUUAUGGAGCACAGUACGAACAAGAUGAAUAUCUUAAUGGAACAGGCGAAUGUCUUUAUGAAACAGAGGGGGAACAAGAUGAAUAUGUGUAUAGAAUACUUCGUCUUAAAGAAACCUAUGCGGGGGGUCUUCAUCCGAAAAAUAUAUUUUCCAAAAUUAGCAUAGAGAAACAUGUUGCAGAAGGAAGCAAAGGCAUUGAAUCCAAGUAUAUUUCCUGCAGUAAAACACUUUAUGGCGUUAAAAGACUCGGGGGAAUUACAAACAAAUCCAGUAUGGUACGUGGUGUUGUAAAAAUUAAUAUCACAAAACUUAGAGAGCUUAGCAGUGAGAUUCAAAUUAUAGAUUUGACUGAUACCAGCAUUCGAAAAAAACAUAUUGAUCCUGGUUCAAAGGCAUGGGGAUAUGCUGAAAGGUUUGAGGAAGUGCUUCUAAGUCCCACUUCACAUAUUCCUCCAGAUUGUGUUAAAUAUAUUGGCAAAAUUCAACAUAGAAGAUUUACACCAAUCAAUGGUAUGUAAAAUAUUACACGCGUUAUUGUGGUAUCUUUGAGACAAGACGCAUGCUAUUUCUGAUUUUGUGGGAAACAUUCUUCCAAUGUCUCUAUUGAAAUGACACGUACAUACCAUGGAUAUAAGGAACUUGCAUAUCGUCUAUAUAUGAUGUUCAAAUAUUGUGAUAUAUUGCCCCUCUCUAUAUAACGCUAUACAAAGUAUUCAUUUAAGGAUUGAAUUUAUUAUUUUUUUCGUUGGGUGGAAGUAUACCACAAAAACUGCAUCAUUGUGCGUAACAGGCGUCACAGCUGUUGUAACGUCAUACGGAAGCCUCGUUUCGGUUCCCACUCAUAAACAUAUUAUGUCGGAGUUCGAAAUCAUAUUGCAGUAUCUCUGAGGCAGUGUGUGGUGUAUCUGGUAUUUGGGUUUGUGACAUGGAGGACUUUGUCGCAAGUUGCAAACUGGACUAUUGUCAUACCCGGUUGAAUGCAUUUAACGCUCAGCCCGGAAUUGCAGAAGCAGACGUGUGCUGUUAUAUUGGGAGGGGGGAUGUGUCCUCAAAUAGCCAUGUUUAUUUCAUUUUACAUAAUUAAUUAGUAUUUAUAUUUGAUAUUUGUUUGUUUUUGUUUAAUAAAUUUAUAUAGAUCGAUA